AUGUCUUUGCAGCUAGGAGGAACAGCCGACAAAUACGAGUAUAGAGCACUCACUUUGCCAAAUAAAUUGCGAGUUCUGCUCUCGCACGACAAGAGCGCAGAUAAAGCUGCUGUUUCCAUGUCAGUGAAAGUGGGCAGUUAUUCCGACCCGCGUGCGCACCCAGGUUUAGCACACUUCCUGGAGCACAUGCUAUUUAUGGGCACGGAGGAGCACCCAGACGAAAACGCAUACAUGGAGUACAUCCACAUCCACAACGGAAGCUCAAAUGCGAACACUUCUGACGAGAUAACGAACUAUUUCUACGACAUAGAUGCGUCGUAUCUUCGGGAGAGCAUGCACAUAUUCAGCGGAUUCUUCACUUCUCCCCUAAUACGGGAGGACGCCAUAUCCAGAGAGCUCCAGGCAGUCAACAGCGAGCACAGCGCAAACAUACUGCUGGAAAACUGGCGAAAGUACCACCUUCUGAGCCUGCUCUCUCGCCCGGACUAUCCAUCGAGAAAGUUCGGAGUUGGAAACUCGGAGACGCUUGCAUCCGCCUCACGCGAGGACCUUCUCGAGUUUUGGAAGUACUUUUACACGCCGGACCGCAUGUGCCUGGCUGUCCACGGGAGCGACUCUUUGGAUACGCUCGAGCAGUGGGUCGGAGAACUCUUUGGAAAGAUCUCCCCGAGAGAGGGCGCGUACAUAUGGGACUGCCCUGCGUACGUUCCCCCUCUUUCAGGGCGCACGGGCCUGGACUAUCUCACGUUCGACGCGUCUUUUUUGGGGAAGCUUGUCCUGUAUCGGCCGGCUGUGAACAUUCCCAUGUGCAAGUCCACGCUGAGCAUUUUCAUUUCUCUCCCGGAGGGAAUCACCAACUUCCGGAAGAAAACAGUCGCAUAUUUUGGGGAGCUUCUCGAGGGAACUGGAAGCGACGGAUUCGUGGGAGUCCUUCUGCGGGAGGGAAUUGCCUCAAAUGUAAGCGUGUACUUGGAGGAGACCACUAUUAACACGGUGGUGCAGGUUUCUGUUGAGCUUGUGGACGAUAAAGUGGCGCAGGUCCCGACUAUUCUCCAGAUUCUGCGCAGCUACAUCCUCAUGAUCCAGAAAAACGGGACUCCGGAGCUGUACAGCACGUUUAAGAACAUAAACGAGAAAGUGCUCGACUCCAAGGAGUCCCUGGAGCCGCUGGAGUUGGUGGAGAGUGCCGCACAGGCGAUGCACUUCUACCCAACGGAAGAGUGUUUGAAGUACCCGCACGUUUGGGAGGGCUUUGACGCAGACGAUUUCUCGCAAAUUCUGGAAACGGCUUUGGACGCGCAGAAGUGGAUGGUUUUGUUCCGGACGGGGAGCAUAAAGUGCGAAAAUAUUCGGGUGGACGAAAUAUACGGGAUAAACUACGCAGUUACGGAGAUGCCUGCAGUGGACAGCGUACUCCUGGAAGGCGUAUGCAGCAAGAUGAAGUGGUCUUUUGGCCUGCCCGAGGAAGUCGACAUUUCGCACGCCAGGAAAACGAGUGCCCCCGUGCCUCUUGGGGCAAUACCUGCGAACAUCCCGGAGUAUCCCGCAGGAGAAAUCCGCCACGAAGAGGUUUUGCGCCCUGGAUGCUCUGGGCACUUGCUCCACAAUCCGAAGUACUCCCGGAAUGCGCACGUGCGGGUUAUGCUGUGCACGGACGCACACAUUUUUAACGAGAAAACGUAUGCAGGAGCCGUUGGAUACUUUUUGGCCGUUGCAAAAAUGUUCCAGGAGAAGUACCGGGCAGAGAUGAGCGCGUCCCUGCUGAACCUGGAGGAGUCUGGCGGAAUGUCUGGAUUUGUCUUUCAGUUCAGCGGAACCCCCGUGGUUAUAGAGGAUUUGGUCGAAAAGUUCUUUGCAGAAUACGCCUCCGGGAACAUGCAGAUGUUCAAUCUCUCGAAGGAGUCCGCCGUCUCGUUUUUCCAGAGCGAGACAAGAAAGUCCCCGUACAUGUACAGCAUGGGCGGAGUGUACACCGUCCGGGGAUACCCUGAGUUCGAGCCAAAGGCCCUUGUAGAGGCUGCUGGAAGCAUUUUGCCUGAGAAUAUUUGGGUUGUACGCGACGCGAAUGUGAAGGUCCUGGGGGUCGGAAAUAUAACACCCACAGAGUUCACCCGCAUUGUCGACGGGAUAGGAAAGCACAUUUCCUUCGUUGAGGGCCCGAAAGAGACCGUGGAGAGAAAGAGCGACAUCUCCGUGGAAACAGUCGACAUCCAGAACGUGGCAGUGUCCGUUUUCCACGUGGUCGCUGCCCCAGAUGCAGUGCAGGCGUACGCCCUCGCUAUUCUCCUCGUCCAGAUCUUCUCCGAGCGAUUCUUUGACGAAGUGCGGACUAAAGAGGAGUACGGAUACAUUGUGUUUAUGGGGCAGAGAGUCCUGCGCCAGAGAGCGUACGUGCAUUUCACAGUGCAGAGCGACAGGGAUAUUGAGGACGUGGCAGCACGGAUUCAGGCUUUUGUCGGGGAAAUCCAGGGAAGAGUCCGCGAGAUGCCUGCACAGGAGUACGAGGCGCACAGGGAAAGCGCCAUCCUCGCAGUGCGGGAAGAGGCCAGCAACCUGGAGGACUACGCAGAAGAAGUCUUCCAACUGUGGAUGAAAAUAGGCUUCCACCCAGGAAACAAGGAAAGAGUCUGCGCAGCCGUAAAAAAUAUUUCUCAGGAGGCCCUCGUGCAGUACACGGAAAAGAUCACGGACAUUGUGACAGUGCGCGCAGCCAAGCCGGGAACCCACGGGAAAACUUUCCCCAGCAGCUAA